GUUCUUAAUUUUGACCCGAGCUUUUAACCUUGAAUGACAACAUACGCAAUGUAUCUAAACGAAAUAUUAUCGAGUAGUAUUGCAACAGAAUGUAACAUUUAAUAUCACAAUAUUUAGUUUAGUAUUACUAAUAUAAGUUAAUGAACACAUUUCGCGAAGAUCUAUUAUAAAGGCAUUGCUAUUUGUUGUAUAUCUGUUGUACAUGUGCACGAUAUAAACAAUUUACGACCUUUCGGUAUUCGGACUUUCUCAAGUUAGACAAGCUGCGACAAAAUGAAGCUGUCAUUCGACGCCACGCGCCUACUCAAGAUUACCGCCACCGGUUGUGCCGGACUCUUUGCCGGGGCAGCAUUCUAUAUCAACGCCGCCGACCAGCCGGCGCGCAUGACCCUUGACGUGGCCAGCUGCAGACGACACUGGAUAGAGGUCUACAAUCGCGCCAAGUGGUUCCAGGGGGCUAUGUGCAUGGCGGGAUCCCUAUCCGGCGCCGCCGUGUAUUACCUGGAAUCGGAAGCGGAAAACAGGGCCCUUUGGUUGGCGGGGGCCGGGGUGUUCGUCCUGGUGUUUCCGUUCACGAUAUUUGUGAUGGGUCCUGACAUUAAAAAGAAUCUGAAAGAAGACGUGCUGGAAACCGCAGGAGAGACCUGGGUGCUGAACCACAUAAAGCGAUGGAACAAGCAGCAUAUGUUUCGCACUGCCUUUGGACUACUCGCCUUCGACCUAUUUCUGCUGGCGCUGGCGAACUAGUUAUUUUGCAAAAUGUGCCUAUGCGCCAUUUUGUUCAUAUGAAGACUUGACCUUGUAUGGGUCGAACGCAUUGAAGUCAUAUAAAUAUAACAAACACGCACGGGAAAACAGUAUUUCAUUUUAUUUCUAUUAUAUAUAUUCAGGGUGCAGGAUUUCUUAAGCAUUUCAACUAGUGCAUAAAAGACAGGUUUAUAUGCUGAUUAUGGCAAUGUGAACAACGUCAUAAUAACUUUGUUAAAUAAGCCUGUGUUCUUUUUUAAAAUUCGAUUUUUACUUCAUGGUUAUGUUUUACAGAACGUGAAAUUUUGUCAACGAUUUCAGACGUAUUCAAUCAUUUAUUUUUAUACCGUAAGACAUUGGCACAAACUGAAGGAAAAACUAUAUUUUAUGCACUUAAGAUUUUUUGCAAAUGUAUUUCAAUAACUUGAGAUAUCUGCAAAAAUAAAGUUCUUAACGGUG